CCCCACCACUCAACGCGCCGUGCCGCCGUGCCGCACUAUCCCGUUUCGUACAGUGAUCGCCCCAAUGCGGGGCCGGGCCGAGACCGAGACGAAACGACUCGACUCGGCGGCGUGCUAUGCUACUGACAUGACCAGGGAUGUCCGUCAUCGCAUUGCAUUGCGGUAAGCUUCUCCUCCGCAAGCAUAGGUACCGUACAGCUCCGCGAUAUCGCACCUCCACCAGCACCUCCACCUCAACCAGCACCUCCACCAGCACCAGCACCUUCACCUGCACCUGCACCUGCACCUCCAUCUCCACCUCCAGGACCUCCACGACCACCUCCACGACCACCUCAACCACCAGAAGCAGCAACCGACGCGCGUGCACAGACAGUACAAUGUUACGCAAGCUCCCGCUACCUCAACCGAGGAUACCCCAUCUCGCCACCCUCCCGCGUCGCUGCCGCACCUGCCGCACCUACACCACCUACCGCAGCUCCGACUUCACCUUCGCCGAUGGCGGCGGCGGGUUCACGGGUGUUAUUGAGACGAAGGAGUCUAUUGUCGGACCACUCGCUGGACCUCUUGUUGGCGCUGGCGGGCUGAAGAUCACGCCGCGAAUCCUCAAGCAGCACCUAGACAAGUACGUGAUCUCGCAGGACCGGGCGAAGCGGGUGCUUGCGACAGCGAUCUUUCAGCACUACCAGCGGGUGCAGAUCGCGAGGAAUCGCGAGGGAGAGCGCCAGGAUAACAUACUCAGGGAGACGCAGAAGUUUGCGCAGAGGGUUUUUGAUGAGGAACUUCAGGGUCGUCCACCGGUGCAGACAACGAUUGCACCCCCACCGGCGAAACAGAGCGAUGAUACGGAGCUGGGCGCGGAUCAGCCGCUGGUUGUCGAGAAGAGUAAUGUGCUGUGUCUGGGUCCUACCGGUGUGGGGAAGACGCUCAUGGUUAGGACACUGGCAAAGAUCCUAGAUGUACCGUUUUCUAUGUCCGACUGCACGCCGUUCACCAUGGCGGGGUAUGUCGGCGAGGAUGUCGACCAAGCGGUGCAUCGGCUGCUGGUGGCGGCGAACCACGAUGUUCAGAGGGCAGAGAUUGGCAUAAUUUGUCUCGACGAGUUCGACAAAAUCGCCAAGCCCAAGAGCAUGUCUGGAGGAAGUAAGGACAUCUCCGGCGAGGGGGUCCAACAAGCUCUCCUCAAGAUCAUUGAGGGUACGACCCUUCAGAUAAACACCAAGUCUGACCGUCGUCCACCAACCGGUCUUCCCGGCAGUGGCAUCCCCGGUCCCUUCAACCAGCCAACCGGCAUGGGCGGCGGCGGUGGUCUCGGCGGAGCGAAGGGCGAAGUAGUCAACGUGGACACCUCCGGCAUCCUCUUCAUCUUCACGGGGGCCUUCAUCGGCCUAGACAAAAUCAUCUCCGACCGCGUAGCCAAGGGCUCGAUGGGCUUCAACGCGCACGUCCGGCACACCUCCCCCAACCAAUCCAGCCUGCUCACUCAGACCGAGCCGGGUGACCUCAUCACAUUCGGCCUGAUCCCAGAGAUCGUUGGACGCAUCCCGAUCACCACCGCCGUCGAAGCGCUCAGCUCGGAGGCGCUCGUGCGGGUGCUCACAGAGCCGCGCAACGCGCUGCUGCGGCAGUACGGGGAGCUCUUCCGGCUGACCGGCAUCGAGCUGCGGUUUACCUCGCCCGCCCUCCAGGAGAUCGCCAAGGCCGCCCUCGCCAUGGGAACGGGCGCCCGCGGCCUCCGUACGGUUGUCGAGCGACUCCUCGCGGACGCUAUGUUUGAAACCCCAGGAACGAGCGUUAAGCACGUCCUUGUCAAUAAGGAGGUCGCACAAAAAAAGAUCCCCCCAUUGUACUUUUCGAGAGGCCAGAGGCAUCUGGUCGAUGAGCUCGUGGCUAGCGAGGAGGAGAUGUGGGUUGCUAAAGGGAAUAAGAGCGUCCUGGGCGUGCUAAACGGUGAUGAGACGGCCCAGCAGGAGACGGCGACUACUGCCGCGGCGGAGGCAGGUGCGUAGUUCUCAGAUGGCUUUUUGUGAAUGUUGUGUGUGUGUGUCUGUGUGUGUUGAUUCUGGGUUUUGAGUACCUACUUACCUAGUACCAAGUACAUCUUGUGGGUUGGAUUGGCGUUUUGGAGUGUUUCUUCUUCUUCUUCUUUUGCGAGCAAGCGACUGCUUGUGUUUCGUUCUUUCACCAUUGUGGAUGUAGCUGUAAGUGUAGUCGAUGGAGUACAGUACAUGUGUGGAUUGUGGAUGUGUGGA